AAAUGCAAGCAUGGUCAUACUUGGGUGGCAUCAUAUCAUAUUAAAUAUGAUAAAACUUGGUGUGCCAAAUAUGAACAGGAUAAAACUAGAUUAAAUAUUUCAAUACCUAAAGAAAUAGCUCAAAAUAGAAAUGAAAAAUGUAUAUCUGACACUUAUAUUAGUAAUCGAAGUCUAUUAAUAUGGGAAUGUGAAAAAUCACAUCGGUGGGUGCAAACAUUAACAAAUAUUAGAAAGAGGCAUUGGUGUCUAUACUGUUCAGGUAAUGCACUACUCUCUCUUGAAAUUGCAGAACAAAUUGCGUUAUCUAGACAUGGACAAUAUCUUUUAACUAAAUAUCAAAAUAUUGAUGGAUUACUUACCUGGAGCUGCUCAUCACCAUCUAAAAUACGCAAGCCUAAUUUUUUAAAGACACAAGAAUAUCCAACUAGAUUAGAACUCGAUAUUCCAUAUUAUGAUUUAGGUUUCAUGAUCGAAGUGCAGGGAGAACAACACUGGCGUCGAAUCGAAUUCUUUCAUCCAAAACCUGGAGAUUUUGAAAAACAAUUAGAACGAGACCACCUCAAAAGAGAUCUUUGCGAUGAAAAUAACAUAUAUCUCUUUUAUGUGUGGUAUGAUGAUGAAGAUCCAGAAAAGACUAUUCAAGAUAAACUAUAG